GUUAAGCCAGUAGCCAUUCAAUACGGUCAAAUUACUUGCAGCAGUGCUUUUUGAAGGAAGAAAAUAAUUUGCAAAUGGUGAAUAGGAAUAUUUUUCGAUUUUCUUGCCUCAGCGUUAAGUUUUCCAUUGAAGAAAACAGUGUUUUUUGAACGUUUAAACAUAUGGGCAAAGUUUGAUGUUACUGUUGGGUGAGGAAAUGUACGGGAAAGUGUUAAUUUUGAAGACAUUCAGCAGAAACUUUCCAUUGGCUAUUUCCAUAGACUACUGAGCUAAUGGCGAAUGGUGGAAUCAGAUGAAUGGUGUGUGGAAAAAGUGAGUUGAAGAAAAGUAGCCCAGUCGAUGUUAGGUCGUUGUGAAAUUCAGUGAUUAGGUACGCGUACUUUAGAAAAAACGAAUAAAUUGACAAUGGAAGAAGUGCAGGUGAUCGAUUGUCCUCCGACACCGGAAAUGUUGUUGCCCUCGGUCACUCCACCCCCAAGGGCUCUGCUGCUAGAGAUGCUCGACAGUUCCUCGGCAGAAGAGCUGGACAAUUACGAAGCAUCCGGGGAAGGUGGUUCCUCGUCGAUUGCCGGGCAAGGUGAAACGGCCAGUGGACGAAAUUCACCGCCCCCGAAAUGUGCCAUCUGUCUGGGGAAAUGCCGUCAAAAGUGCUACACCGAUUCAUGUCGUCAUCAAUUCUGCUAUCGGUGUUUGCUUGAAUGGAGCAAAAUUAAAGCGGAAUGUCCUCUUUGCAAACAGGUAUUCCGAUCAAUCAUCUACAACCAAAAAACUUCGGAUCGCUACCAAGAGCACAUGAUCUCGAUUGUUCCGCCGUCUGCGUCUCCAUCGUCGGCGGCCAGAACUGAAGGCCAGGGCUCAGCAUCGGGAUCGGCACGGUCUGCUGGUCCCCAGGUGUAUCAUCGGUUAGAUUUCACUUUGACACAACCGCCACGAUUUACUUACAGCGCCACCCUCAGGGUUCAACCAAGUCAAAGUGAACGUUUACAGCAACUUUUCCUGCACCAGUCCGGGGAUGUGCAGCGGUUUAGUCGUGAAUUUCCCGACGAUACCAUUCCCUCUCGCCAGAGUGGCCCAGAAUGGAGACGCUAUAUCUACCAUCGAAGGUUGCACGCACGACCACUGCCGGAUAUCAAUGGGCGGAUGCGAGAAUGUAGCGCUGCUUUCUACAGUGAAAAUCCAGCCCAAAUCCAUCGACUGAUGCCCUGGAUCAACCGGGAACUGAUAGCCCUAUGCCGUGGAAAUCCGGCCCAGGUAACGAUGAUUAUGGAAGAUGUGCCGAACCUGCUGCUGACGCACGAUAUCACCUCGACGGUGUUCCGAGAACGGGUAUCCUACUGGGGUCGUGCUCGUACUGCCCAUUUCAUUCACGAGCUGCUCAACUUUGCCCGUUCCCCGUACGACAUGAUCGGAUACGACCGAUGCGUGCAGUACGAUCCUUACAUCAACAGCGUGGUCGUAGUUACUUCCUCGUCCUCCUCAUCUUCUGGUUCGGAAACAGAGGACGAUGUAGUACGUGUAGUGGAACCUGCGCCAGGCACCUCUAGCAUGAUGGACUCGGCCAAUGCUGGAACAUCUAGUGGAAGCCGCCGAGGACGGACACAAUUUACUAUCGAAACCCGAUCAUCCGAUCAAACUGUCAUAAUGACAGGAUCAUUUGGCGGAGCUGGUGUCAGUGGAAUAGUUUCAGUUUCCACUUCGGGGACACAGACUGGAAGCUCGGGACUAACUGGAAGCAGCAUCGAUUUGAGUCGAAUGCAUCCUUUAACAUCUUUAGUCCCGCAAAACGCAAGCCGCUUGGAAGACGGGGAGAACAUUUCUCUUUCGUCGAGUGAUAGCGAUGAUUGUAGAAUAGUUGGAGCGCUGAAACCGCCGCACUUGAGAACGCCAGAAAUGGUUAGCCUAGAAUCGGAGAGCGAUAGCGAUGUGGUUUUUGUAAACGAAGAUCAAACUGCCAGAGCUGCUGGAGUUAUUCCAAUGGAUAGCAAUGCAGUGUUGGACCAAUUGUUUCCAAAUGAACUUUUAAAUGUCGAUCUAUCUAAAUUCGAAGGUGUAGCAUCUACAUCGGAAUACAACAAUGGUGCUUCAACAUCUUCCGGAGGUGGAGGAAGCAUGCGGAAAUUCUAUGCUCGUCCACGAGUGAAUAGGCACUCGCAAGGGAUCGGCUUCAAGAGCAUAUAUGAAGCAAGUGAUACGGACGAUAGCAAUGAACCCGUACUAACUACCAAAUCUGAAUCAUCUAGCCAUGAUGAGGUAAAGUUUAACAUACGUAGUCCAGUGGCGACCUCAGCGGUACGAAAACGAAAAGUCACAAAGAGAUCUCAGAACAUACUAACUACAAGCAACGAUAGCAGCGACGAAAGUUCUACUUCCGAUUCAGAGUCGAAGUACAGUAGUACCAGUUCCAGCACAACCAUUAAUUCCAACUCAAGCUCAUCCUCCGACAGUGACAGUGAUAGCGAUUUCCAAUCUGAUGAACCACCAGCAAAGAAAAGAUCUCGUCGUUCCAAAAAACAUACCUCUCGCAAAACAUCAAAACGACACCGUAAAGAGUCCAAGAAACGCUCCAAAUCCAAAAAACGCAAAACCUCUAUAUCUUCUAAUAAACGAAAUAAGCGAAAGCGUCAGAGAGUUACCCCCAAAGCAAUGAAAACGUCUUCUGAAAGUGGCAAAGGAACUUCGGCCUCGUGUAAUUCGAUACCGUCAUCAGAAAUUGCAGCUGUAUCCAGUGGAAGACAUGUAUCGCCUCCCAAGUCUGUUGCCAGUGAAUCAUCGUCAGGACAGAAGCGUAGAAUCAAAAGCGCCGUUAUUAAACCUGCCAGACAAACAGCCACCAAAAAGCGUCGAAAAGUUCCAAUCUGCUCGGAACUGAUUACGAGUACGGAUUUUUCCAGUGACGGAGAAGAUCAGCAACAGGGUUCGGAAUCGGUAGCACAGCACGCAGCUCCGCAUGAAAAGCUGAGAUCUUCUACACCAGCGACCAGUUCUGAUGAGGACACCUCAGAUAGCGAGGCGCAUUGCACUAUCGCUUCGCUGAUUCGGGUUGUAUCGGAGCAACAAAACACGUCCACUAGUAGUAGCACUGGCAGCAAUAGUAGUAAUAGCAACAACACUACUAACAACACCACCAACUCGGGAACGAUUGACGCAACGAGCUGUAGUUUAGCUGAUGCCCAAGACCAGAGUACAUUAUCUACGCAGGACGAAGAGCGAGCAGAGGACGAGGAGGAGUAUCAGGAGGACGAAGAAAUCGAUGUCGGCGGUGUGACUGAACACGUGAACGAGGAACAUAACACUCAGCAGCAAUUGUCCCCGGGAGAUGCCGAAGAUGUAUCGGUAACGCAGGCCAUUCCUGUUGGUGCUGAGGUGGAACUUUGAGACCUGUUGCGGACUGUCAGUUAUGAACAGUGGUAAUAGCAAGUAUGCAUUUGCUUUCAACCGGCCCCGCAUUGUCCAUAAGCAUCAAGUCCACGAAAGUAGUUACAGGAAUUGUACAGAAUAGUGCUGUAAAUAACUAUUAUAAGCUACUUAUAAAACAUCACCCUUUUCGGCUAAUUCAAUAGCAAACGAUUGCUAAAAUCGAAAUACCACCACUGGAUGGCAACUUACAUGCGACUUAUAUCUCAUCGAUCGACGAUUCAGUAACGUGAAAAAUGUUCUGUUAUUAAGCAGGUCAUUUUUGAAACCAGUUUCUCCCCUUUCUGUAAUUCCGGUAUGUUGAUUUAUUUGAUAUUUUGUUAUUUUAUUAGAAGUAUAUGAAUAUUUGAGUAAUUUAUUCUUGAACGAACGCAUUCGCUUCACUGGAUAAGAUAAGACAAACAAUACAAAGUUUAAAACGUAGUAUCGAGUAUAGAAAAUUCAACCAACUACCACACUUGCUCUGACAGCUCAAACUUGUUAGUUGUAGUAUAAUAAACUACAUCGAUCCAAUAGUCGACAUGAAAAUAAACUUUCAACCACUAUUUGAAAAAAAAGUUCUAAUGACCCUACCACAUUAGAAGAACCGUUUGAAAUUAGUUGUAUCUCCGAUCAACGCGCAGAUUCGGCAAUGCAAUGUGUGUAAUAUAGAAUCUUACCCGUAAGCUCCAGAUUAUACAAACUAUGAUUGAAUCCUAAGAAACCUCUUUUAAUAAAAAAAAACAUA